AUGGGCUGCUCCUGCCGGCUGCUGUUGUGGCUGGGAGCUGCCGUGGCUAUCUAUCUUUUAUGUCUCCUCUGUCACAUUCUGCACUCUCUUCUAACUCCUCUUCCUCGCUGUCACUUUUCAGGAACUAUUCUUUGCUCCAACUCGGAGCUCCAGGCACCUUUUUUAACAUCCUCGCCUUUGCCGGUGUUGGUCCCCAAUUCCCAGGAGCAGAAAGUGACCCCCACGCCCAAUAUAUCGGAGCCAGCUUUCCUCCCAAGUCCUCUAGGCACGCGGGGGCCUUGGGUGUUCAACACCUGUGGUGCCAGCGGCCGGAGGGGACCCACACAAAUACAGUGCGACGGGGCGUACGCAGGAAGUAGCGUGAUGGUGACAGUGGGGGCUGCCGGGCCGCUGAAAGGCGUGCAGCUGUGGCGGGCUCCAGACACCGGCCAGUAUCUGAUCUCUGCCUACGGAGCGGCGGGCGGCAAAGGCGCCAGAAACCACCUGUCCCGGGCGCACGGCAUCUUCCUCUCGGCAGUGUUCUUCCUUAGUCGCGGGGAGCCGCUGUACAUCCUUGUGGGGCAGCAGGGCGAGGACGCCUGUCCCGGAGGGAGCCCCGAGAGCCAGCUCGUCUGUCUGGGAGAGUCUUGGGCCACUGGAGAGCAUGCGACGACGGAUGGGACCGAGAGGAUCCCAGGCUGGAGACGCUGGGCCGGCGGGGGUGGAGGUGGCGGGGGCGCAACCUACAUUUUCCGGCUGCGCGCCGGGGAGCCAGAGCCGCUGCUGGUGGCGGCGGGAGGCGGCGGGAGGGCCUACUGGAGGCGACCGGACCGAGGCUGGACUCAGGCGGCCCCCGAGAAGCUGGAGAAGCGCCCGGCGGCGCCCGGGAUCGGCGGGAGGGGAGGCGCGGCAGGUGGCGGGGGCGGCUGGAUGUCGCGGGCCCCCUCUCCGCAGGCCGGACGCUCACUGCGGGAAGGGGCCGAGGGCGGCGAGGGCUGCGUGGAAGCCUGGACAGCGCUCCGCUGGGCGGCGGCCGGAGGCUUCGGGGGCGGCGGCGGAGCCUGCACCGCAGGCGGCGGCGGCGGCGGCUACCGGGGUGGUAAUACUUCCGAGUCUGACAUCCUCUGGGAUGAUGGGGAAGACGGCAUAUCGUUUGUGCAUCCCAGCAGUGAGCUCUACCUGCAGCCUCUGGCAGUCACAGAGGGCCAUGGGGAGGUGGAGAUCCGAAAGCACCCCAACUGCUCUCACUGCCCUUUCAAAGACUGCCAGUGGCAGGCAGAGCUCCAGAUGGCUGAAUGCAUAUGCCCAGAGGGCAUGGAGCUGGCUGUGGAUAAUGUCACUUGCAUGGACCUGCCGGCCACCACAGGCCCUCUGAUUCUGAUGGGAGCUAUAGUGGCAGCCUUGUCCCUGAGUCUCCUUAUGAUGUGUGGAGUCCUGAUUCUAGUGAGCCGGAGGAAGUGGCAGAAUCUGUUUGGGACCAGGCUGCCAGGCCCUGAGCUUGAGCUGAGCAAGCUUCGGACCUCUGCCAUCAGGACAGCCCCCAAUCCCUAUUACUGUCAGGUGGGGCUCAGCCCUGCCCAGUCCUGGCCUCUGCCCCCAGGGCUCACCGAGGUUUCCCCAGGCAACGUCACUCUACUCAGAGCCCUUGGCCAUGGUGCCUUUGGGGAGGUGUAUGAGGGACUAGUCGUUGGUCUUCCUGGGGACUCCGGCCCUUUGCAGGUGGCUAUCAAGACUCUGCCAGAGCUCUGUUCCCGUCAGGAUGAGCUGGACUUUCUCAUGGAGGCCCUCAUCAUCAGCAAGUUCAGCCAUCAGAACAUUGUACGCUGUGUGGGGCUCAGCUUCCGGGCUGCCCCUCGCCUCAUCCUGCUGGAACUGAUGUCUGGCGGGGAUAUGAAGAGUUUUCUAAGGCAUAGCAGACCACACCCGGGCCAGCCAUCACCUCUGACCAUGCAGGACCUGUUGCAGUUGGCCCGGGAUAUAGCCCAGGGCUGUCACUACCUGCAGGAGAAUCACUUCAUCCACAGAGACAUUGCCGCUCGUAACUGUCUGCUCAGCUGCACUGGACCCAGCCGAGUGGCCAAGAUAGGAGACUUCGGAAUGGCAAGAGAUAUCUACCGGGCCAGUUAUUACCGUAAGGGGGGCCGGGCCUUGCUUCCUGUCAAGUGGAUGCCCCCAGAGGCUCUCCUGGAGGGCAUUUUCACAUCUAAGACAGACUCCUGGUCGUUUGGAGUCCUGCUUUGGGAGAUCUUUUCACUGGGCUAUAUGCCCUACCCUGGGCAUACCAACCAGGAGGUUCUAGACUUCAUUGUCACAGGGAACAGGAUGGACCCUCCUAGGAACUGUCCUGGGCCAGUUUACCGAGUCAUGACCCAGUGUUGGCAGCAGCAACCCGAGCUCCGCCCUGAUUUUGCCAGCAUCUUGGAGCGCCUUCAGUACUGCACCCAGGACCCUGAUGUGCUGAAUUCACCCCUACCAGCGGACGCACGGCUUGUUGUAGAGGAAGAAGGAGCUUCCCUGCUGGAGAACAGGGCGCUGGAUGGUGUGAGACCCUCACAGCCCCUGGAGCUGAGUUCAAAGAACUUGAAAAGCUGGGGCGGAGGCCAUGGCUCUUGGCUGCCCUCUGGCCUCAAGGCCCUCACAUCCAGACACCUGCGACCUCAGAACCUUUGGAACCCCACCUAUGGCUCCUGGACCCCAAGGGGCCCCAAGGGUGAAGCCUUAGGCACUGACCUCAGCAAUGGCUCCUCCUUGCAUUCCUUUUCCAGCAUCCAGUAGCCUCUGCCCCGCUGCAGUCUGUACUGCAUAUUCAGGCAUGUUUCAGGAUGUCCUGGCAGCCUGCCUUACCACACUGGAAACAAGCCCAAACCCUUUGGGGAAGGGCCUGGGCCACUCUCAGUCUUUGGUCUUUGGAACCAGAGGCUACCCAGCCACCGCAGGAGUUAGCUGGGAAUCCUGGAUUGUCCUUCUGCCAUAUGUAUCCUCCCUUUGGCCCAUCCCAGUACUACAAA